AUGGAUAAAAUCGACGCCAAGUCUGCUGUUGAGCACAAGGUCUCAAGCUCUGGCCACAUGGAACACAUGGAGAGCAACGCAUGCUAUGUGAUGGACCAAGAGCCCUAUGGUCCUGCUGGUUUCCGAGGAAUCUUUGCGAACCGAUACGUUGCUCUCUGCGCUUCAUUCAGCGCCAUUGGGGGCCUGCUUUUCGGAUACGACCAGGGCGUAAUCUCGGUAACUCUGGUUAUGGACCAUUUCCUCCAAAGAUUCCCUGAAGUAUCUGAUGACUAUCCUGGUGGGGGUCUCAAAAAGGGAAUCAUGACCGCCAUGAUUCCGUUGGGCGCGUUCGUCGGAGCCGCAAACGGAGGAUGGGUCGCAGACGUCUACUCGCGCAAGUACUCCAUCAUGAUUGCUGUAGUGGUUUUCCUGGUCGGCUCCGCUUUGCAGACUGCUGCGGUUGACUAUGUCAUGUUGACGGUUGCGCGCUUGAUCGGUGGCCUGGGAGUUGGAAUGCUCAGCAUGGUCGUGCCCAUUUAUAUUUCCGAAAUCUCGCCUCCGGAGAUCCGCGGAUCUCUCCUCGUAUUUGAAGAACUGAGCAUUGUUUUGGGUAUAGUCGUUGCUUUCUGGAUCACUUACGCUACUAGGUAUAUUGACUCGAACUGGUCGUGGCAACUGCCCUUUCUCCUCCAGAUGGUGCCUGGUGUUUUCCUUGGUUUGGGCGCAAUCCUGCUGCCAUUCUCCCCUCGGUGGCUGGCAUCCAAGGGACGCGAUGACGAGGCUCUCUCCAUGCUGGUCAAGCUGAGGCAGCGAGAGAGCGACGACUUUCGUGUGCGUCGGGAGUGGCUCGAAAUCAUCUCUGAAUCCAAAUUUCAGCGCCAAGUGUUGGCAGAGAGACACCCAAAACUCGUGCUUCCCGGCCUCUUGAAUACGGUGAGGCUCGAGAUUGUAUCUUGGGCAGACUGUUUUAGGCGGGGCUGCUUGAAGCGCACCCACGUGGCUGUUGUCGUCAUGUUCUUUCAGCAGUUUGUCGGUAUCAACGCCUUGAUUUAUUACUCCCCCACCCUGUUCGGCACUAUGGGUCUAAAUCUCGAUAUGCAACUCAUCAUGUCAGGUGUACUCAACGUGACACAACUUAUCGGUGUCUUGAGCAGCUUGUAUACCAUGGAUCGCUUCGGGCGUCGCCCCUUGCUUCUGGCAGGCAGUGCAUGCAUGUUCAUCGCCCAUCUCGUCAUCGCCGUCAUGGUGGGCAAGUCUAACCAGUCGUGGCCCUCGCAUGAGACGGAAGCGUGGGUGAGCGUGGCAUUCUUGCUCUUCUACAUGCUUGCUUUUGGCGCUUCCUGGGGCCCUGUCCCCUGGGCUCUUCCUUCAGAGGUGUUCCCGUCAUCCAUGCGUGCCAAGGGUGGCCUCAUCACCCCUCCUCUAGUGCAUAACACAGGUUACGGCGCUUACGUCUUCUUUGCCGUUUUCUGCAUCCUCUCUUCUGUUUGGACAUUCUUUUGUGUUCCAGAAACCAAGGGCAAGAGUUUGGAGGAGAUGGACGAAGUGUUUGGCGACCGUAAGAGUGCUCAGGAUGUUGCUGUGAAGGAAGAAAUUUUUGCUGGCCUCCUUCGGGAGAAGGGUUUCGCCCAGGCUGCCUAA